AUUUGUGGAAACAGGCCACCACGUCAUGUUGAGGUGUGCAGGUCUAUAAAUCUCUGCUGGAGGCUGUGAUUCCCCUCAUUGAUAUUCAGCAGAGGUGUGUGGACUUACCUGGACAGCUGAACUUUUCCUUUUGCAGCCUCCUAGGAACAUUUUGUUGUCUGUUUCAUCAUCAAGGCUGGAAACAAGCAGGGAUGUGCGGGACAAACAUUGAUCUGCAAAACAGAGGUGGUGGAAGUGUCAACCAGCUAGGAGGAAUGUUUCUCAAUGGCAGACCUCUCCCAGAGUCCAAGAGAAGGAAGAUGAUUGAACUGGCCUCUGAGGGAGUCCGUCCGAGUCAGAUCUCCAGGAUACUCCGGGUGUCCAACGGGUGCGUCAGUAAGAUCCUGAGCCGCUACCGGCGCACUGGACUCCUGGAGCCGAAGACCAUUGGAGGGAGCCGCCCUCGGCUUCUCACCCCCGGUGUCAUCUCCACGAUCAUCCAGUGCAAGAGGGAAAAUCCAACCAUUUUUGCGUGGGAAAUUCGUAAAAGGCUCGCAGCAGCACGAAUAUGCAAGGCCUCCAAAGUUCCCAGCGUGUCGUCGAUAAAUAGGAUUUUAAGAAAGAUCCACUUGGACCACGGACCGAUGUGUAUGGAGGUCAGCGCGCACAUCAGGGCUGAACAGGAUUUUUAUUCUCUGGUUCAAGAGGAAGUGAACGAGGUGGAGAUUUUUCAGACAGUGUGCAGUAAUGAGCAGAAAUCUAAAAGCGUCCAGCACAGAAACCGCACCACCUUCACCCCAGAGCAGACCAGAGCCCUUGAGCAAGAGUUCUCUCACAGCCGGUAUGCUGAUAUGUACACAAGAGAGAAGCUGUCAACUGAAAUUAAGCUUCCUGACGACACCAUCAAGGUGUGGUUUUCAAACAGACGGGCCAAAUGGAGGAGGGAAGCCAAGCAGAAAAGUAGCACACAGUCUGCAGACUUUCAACAGCAAAGAGAUCCGGUUCCUGUGAAUCCUGCAGUGCCACAGAGCUUCAUAUCUCAACAGGCCGACUGUGAGAACGUCUCUUUGUACAACACAGUUACCAGGAAGUUACAAACUGGCUACUUCCUCCCAACAGAAACAGGUAUGGGGAAUUGUGAAACAUCCAUCCCUAUCCCGGCUUCAUUUCUCCGUCAGCAGAGUGACAUAAUGAACCAGAGCAUAGAUCAGACUCCACUGGGUCUCCACAGAGACAGACUCACAUUUCCACUGGUUCAUCAUCACUCAGAAACCAGGACGUCUCUCCCUCUGGCAGCUGAUACAAUCAGACCAGACGGGCUGCAGUGGAGCCAGCAGCCUUUGAUUUGGACAAAUGAGAGGUUUCUGUUUUCCCAGGAUGCGUAUCGCUACCUGGACUGAAAGUGAGAAAACACAUUUCUAACUUCAGUGAAGAAGGGAAGAACUCUCCUGUGACUGAAGCUGUUUCUGGACUGCAGGGAAACAUUGUGGCCAGUAGAGGGAGACAAAGGAUUGAAGUUACAAUCUUGUUUCUCAAACUUUUUUUCUUUUCUCAAAUGAACUGCAGCUUCACUCAUCACCUUUGUCUGUUGUAGUACAGGUAGUCACACUAAUUCAUAUGUUGAGUACUAUACAAAAUGAAAAAGGUUCUUUUAAUCUUUAAUUGGUUAAAUCAAAUAGUUAAAUAAAUCCAUUAAACUGUCUUGUAAAAAAAGACUAAGUAGAUGCGAGAUUUGAUGAAAGCUAGUAGAGAAAAUUCUAAUAAACCUUUUAUUAGCAGUGGUGUUUCCAGGAAAUAAGGCAUUAUUCCCAAUUAAUCCAGUAAAUGGCGGCUCUGCUUGACAGGAGGUCGAUUUUAGAGGCUACGUUUAGCACUGACAGAGAAUAUUAACAAAAUAAAUUAUAUCUGGAUGUUUGAGGACAACUUUAACUGCAUGUAUCUGGUCAUUCAUUUCAUGUUCGAGGACUUGUUGACUGUAACAUAAAUCGCAGCUCCAUGGAUCAUUUGAGGUUACCACCUGAUGAUAUGGACGUUAUCUCUUUUAUAGUCUUGGGCUUCGCCGUUUGUUUUAAGUGCAGAACGAGGUUAAGGCAACCUUCCAAGAUCUCCGUCCAGAGCGAGCCAGUGGGAGAUUCUAUAAAGCUUCAAAAACGUCUAAACAUGACUCCAUAUCUGCUCCGCUCGGUAUCACUUUUUAUGGGAGCAACAGGGCAGAGGCAUUGAGUUCCUUCAUAUCCCUUUACUACAGUGAAGAGACAGUAAGACUCGCAGUUUCUUGAUAAUUGGCCUCCGGGGGAGAGGUCGGGAUCAGAAUGCAAACAGCUUGGUCAGCAGCGUGGAAGUGGCCUACUGGCAAAAUGACCCCCGUUGGAAUACAACACCGUGAAGCCAGAUAGGUAAAUGACAUCUCCACAUGACGGCGGACGUAAGCGUUGUGAUCCCAAAUUGCUUUCUUUCAUUUCUUAUUUUAUUGAAAUGUUCUCAAAUCUUGCAUGAACUGAGGCCAACUUUAGUAUUGCUGAAAACGGUCAAGGCUGAAACCAACCGUGGUGGAAAGUUACCCAGUCAAACAUUGUACUUAGAGACAUUUUUCAGGUACUUGUACUGUACUUGAGUAUUUUAUGCAACUUUAUACUACAUUUAAGAAACAAAUAUAACUUUUUUUAUUACAUGAUAUUUAUUUGACAGCUCUACUUGGUACUUUACUGGUCAGGAUUUAGCAUUUAAAAUACAUUUUUUUUUAAUGGAUUGUGUGGUUUCCAACCUUUUUGACUGUUUGCAGUUGUACUAAAUGAUGAUUUUCAAAUGAUUUCAUUCUUGUUUUAAUUUUCUCUGAUUAGGGAAAAGAUUUGUGUAGUAAUACAGGCGUUUUCUCCUCCUUUCCUAUUCUAUUUCAUGACUCCUCAUAUUUAAUAAAAGAUGAA